GAAAAGAAAAGAAAGAAGGCGGGUCCCAGUACGCGGAUGACAGACAGCGUACCGAACAGCAGCGGGACGGCUCUUUAGAAAACGGAAGUCGGCAAAGAGUCGCGUCUUCCCCGUCGCCCUUCGUGCGCGCAAGACCUCCCCCCUCCCAGCCACCACGACCGUUUUCCGAACGGUCCAAGGCGAGGGCAGAGAGGCGCCUCGACGUCACCGACCAGGACCCCCUCUCACGCCGUCGACGAUAAGAGCCAGUGUUACUCAUUUAGCGCGCACCAUUGACUGGGAGCGAACGCGCCUGUCUUCGACGAGGGUGGAUGGUGCACUGUCCCGUCGUUCUGCUUACCUGUGGGACUCUUGAAGACCGACCAUGAGCUCACUCCUUGAGGACGACGGCGGUAUGCCCACGAUCGGCAGCUUCUUCGCCGGCAGGAAUGUGCUUGUCACCGGGAGUACGGGAUUUCUCGGAAAGGUGCUCCUGGAAAAGCUGCUUCGCUCGUGUCCCGACGUGGGUAGCAUCUACCUGAUCGUGCGCACCAAACGAGGUCUUCGGGCCGAGGACCGCAUCGCGGACAUCCUCAAGAUGCAGCUUUUCCAACGGCUGAGGCAAGAGCGUCCGGAGGCGUUCCAGAAGAUCGUGGUGCUCGAGGGUGACCUGACGCUACCGGACCUCGGCCUCAAGCCAAAAGACCGCCAACUACUCGUGGCCACGGUCAACGUUGUCGUGCAUUCGGCCGCCACUGUGAAAUUCGACGAGCCCAUCAAGAACGCUGUGAGGAUGAACCUCGGCGGAACACGGAGGAUAGUCGAGCUCUGUAACGAAAUGGAGGACCUUAAGGUCCUUGUGCACGUUUCGACGUGUUACUGCAACUGCGACAGGGGAGAAAUCAAGGAGGAGAUCUACGCGCCCGUCCACGACCCCGACCACAUAAUAAAAAUAAUCGACUGGCUGGACACCGAGACGCUGGAAGCUUGUCAGACCAAGCUACUGGGCUCCAUGCCCAACACGUACACCUUCACCAAGGGCCUGGCCGAGACGCUGGUGCAGCGAGAGUCCAAAGGGUACCCGGUGGCGAUCGUCCGGCCGUCCAUCGUCGUCUGCUCCUGGAAAGAGCCUUUCCCCGGUUGGGUGGACAACUUCAAUGGACCCACGGGUUUAAUUAUUGCGGUGGCGACGGGCCUGCUGAAAAGCGUCUACACCGACCCCGACAUGGAGACGGACUUUGUGCCGGUCGACGUGGUUGUCAACUGCAUCCUCGCAGCGGCGUGGAACGUGGCCACGACACGGCCCUCCGACGUGCAGGUGUACCAGUGCGCGAGCAGCGGGCGGUCUCCGCGGCUGCGCUGGCGGGAUAUGAAGGCCAUCCAGGAGUCUUUGAUGGGCGAGCUGCGCUUCACGAGCGCCAUCCGGUACCCCGACGUCCAGCUGAGGCGCAACCUGACCGCUCACAGGGCCGCCAUGUUCUUCCAGCACUACGUGCCGGCCUGCCUCGGCGACGCACUUCUCGCCUGCUUGGGCAAGAAGCAGUGGUUAGUCAAGACCUACUACAAAUUAGAGACGCUUUUGGAAGCUCUCGGCUACUUCACCACGCACCAGUGGAAGUUCGAGACGCAGGGCAUGAUGUCCAUGUACAACCGGCUCUCCGAUGAAGACAAGAAGGAAUUCAACUUCGACGUGAGUACGCUGGACUGGAAGCAGUUCCUCUUCCGCUAUGCCAUUGGCGCGAGAGACAUCCUCCUCAAGGAGGACCACUCCAAGGUCAAGUGCCGAAACUAUCAGAGGUUGUACGUGGUGAAGCACGCGACCAAUGCGCUCUUCGUCUUCGCCGCCUGGAAGCUACUGGACCUUGGCUCCAACGCGUGGCGGCUCUGGGAGUUCGCCGUGGACUCGAUGGCUCCCAUCAGCUCGAUCACCGGAUGACGUAGUGGCGGGUCCCGUCCAGCCUCGCUGCCCACCCGGGUUUUAACGCCUAGGAGCCCAGGGGUCCGGAACCUCGGUGCGGUAACCUCGAGCGCCGCCCCACACACCCCCUCCAUGGGCCCGGGUCCCUUCAUCAAAGCUCCCCCCUCCUCCCCUCCUUUCUUCCGACCCUCUGGCUGCCCAAAGCAGACGGGUUCCAUCUUGUUCAUAGUAUACGUGUAUGUAUUGACUGGUGCACCUUCUGUCCUUGCCGAGCGCUCCUCGCUGUGCUCUUUUAGCUAAUUAAACAAGAACAUGAAGCAAAACGGACGCUGCUGUUCUGGUUGAGGUACUCUUCCUCACCCCGAGCUGCGCAGAAGACUGACCUUGGAAGAUGCAUCGGCAUGCUUCUCUUCUGUGUGCUCUGUCUAGGACGGUGCGACCGACGCGCGAGGACUAUAAAGUGUUCUCCAAGACGGCUUUCUGUUUCUUUUUUUUUUUAUCUUUUUCUCUAUGGGACAAACUGCCUAUGCAGGUUGCUUAGUAUCUUUGUUUUUGUUCUUCCGUGACUAGUGUCGGCUUGCAUGUUUUUUCUCUCCCUUUUCUUUUCUUCUGAUGAUGAUCAAAUGGAACUGGGAGUAGUGCUCUCUUUAUUGCCAGUGUUGCUGCGAAUAAAGAAGCUGAAUGGAUUUGCACGAGUCGUAA